AUGGAACGUCCGAACCUCAAUGAAGAAGCAAUUUACCCGAAUUGCUUGAUGACGAAAAUGGGCAAGGAGUAUAUGGGCACGGUCAAGACCAGCGAAACAGGGAAGACGUGCAGAUCCUGGUCUACAUUUUCGGACCUUCAAUGGCUUCCAGACGUCAUGAGAAAGCACCUACCAAGGACAAUCAAUCCCACUCAAAAUGUGUUUUUCAAAAAGCUCUUCAUGAAUUACAGACCCAAAGACGCACUGAAUUACUGCAGGAAUCCAGGAUCGGGAGAGAGGCCAUGGUGUUUCGUCUCUGACUUUCCUUCAACCGAAUGGGAAUAUUGCGACAUACCAUUAUGCAAUGAACUGGGUAAGUUUCUCGGCUUGGAAAUCCAGACCCCCGUUCCCAUGGAAUGCAAGCUGACAAAAUGGGGUGGGGAAUACUUGGGGAACAAGAAUGUGACCGGGAGUGGGGAACCCUGUCUGCCGUGGCUGAGCCGAGUGUCCUCAGAAAGGGAAUAUGAUACCCAUCUGCCUUCAUUCUCCGACUCUCUGGACAGCAGGCACAACUUCUGUCGAAAUCCAGAUAGCAGUCCGGAUGGAGGGCCGCCUGAUGUAGGAAAGAUACCGAGAGCUGGAGCGUGUAACUCGAGAAACAAGAGGCCAAAUCGCAAUUCAUGA